UAUACAUCUGUGAAGAUGCUUCAAAAACUGAAACUUCACUGAAUACAGUUCAGGUGUCUGAAGAUCAGCAAUACAAUCUUUAGUUCAGCUAAGGAAAGAACAACAAAAGACAAUGGCGAAUAAUCUGCGUCAAAGAGGAUCUCAGCUCAGCAAUCAGCCUUCAAAUUAUGCAGUAGUGCCACUGCAGAACAAUAGUGACAUUAAUAUUGUCCUUCUGGGGAAAACCGGAGUUGGGAAAAGUUCCUCAGGAAACACCAUACUGGGAGAGAACAGAUUCAAAUGUGGACGAAGUUUGUCUGCUGUUACAAAUAUAUCUAGUGUUGAGAAAUCAGAGAUUAAUGGCAGAUCUGUGUCUGUCAUCGACACUCCUGGGUUUUUCUGUACUAAUCUUCCAAAAGAUCAGCUCUCAGACGAGUUUGCGAGGAGUGUGUAUCUUUCUGCUCCAGGAGUUCAUGCGUUUUUAUUUGUUGUACCGUUCGGCAGGUUCACAGAGCAGGAGGAAGAGACUCUGAUACGAGUGCAGAAGGUUUUUGGUAAAAAAGUGCUGAAGCAUGUUAUUAUCCUCUUCACAUAUGGAGAUGAAUGUGUGCGGGGGAGAAUACAGUCAGAGAUUGAUGGGAAUGAAAUUGUCAAAAGAGUCGUAGGUAAAUGUCAGAAUUAUCAUGUGAUCAACAACAGAGAUCUGACUGACAGACAGCAGGUCGAUGAUCUACUGCUGAAGAUUGACACGAUGAUAGAGUGGAACAGUUACUACACCAAUGAGAUGUACGAAUGGGCACAAAUGACCACAUGGGAAAAAUUCUGGAAAAUGUUUAAGGACUUUUGUAAUGCAGUGGUUGCAUUUUUCCAGAAUCAGAGUAACAGUUUUGAUAAUUGCUAUUGGACACAAAGAAUGAAGCCAUACAUGAGAGUCCAUACAUGAUCAAAAUAAAAAAAAAAAUCAGUUUCUUUGCUUUUGAUUUAUUGCAUAAAACCUGAUUAAUCGUACCCUAAAUGUAGAACUGCCUGCUCUGUUUAUUGGAGAAAAUUACAUAUCGGAACAAAAUGAAAAAUGUAUUAAUUGAGUUGUGUAAGUAUUGUGUGAGUUGAAAGAUUCAUUAUAGCUAUUGUACUUCCACAUGUUUGAAAAGAUUGUUGUUAAAUGUUAAAACAGAUCUUUGGCGUACAAGAUGUAUGGCUUUAUCUUUACGUGUUUCAUUCAUUAAGAGUCUUAUGUAAACAUAUCCUUUCUAAUACAAAAUAUUGAGUCUUACAGACAUUUUAUGCCUUGCUGCAUUGUUUUUUAUUUUUUUUAUUUUUUUUUUUCUUUAUUUAAAGAAACAGGGACAGCGUACAAUAAACAUUAACCUCAAAGGGAGAGAUGCAUAGUACCGGGUUUUAGCUCAAGAGCUAAUUUUCAGGUAAGGUAAUUAUUCAGCAGGCAUCCAUUAACAGCACCUUUCUGUUCAUUAUAUCUCAACACUUUACAAUUUGCCUAUUUGAAAUGAUAGAAUUGCUACUAUAAGAUAACUAUAUGAAAUAACAAAAGUUUUAAAAACA